AUGGAUGAAAAUGGUAUCCUCCGCGUCGGCGGCCGCAUCAGACAUACCGAUUUACCCUUUCACGAGAAGCAUCCACUGAUACUUCCAAAGAAAGGAUGCAUCACAGAGCUGGUAAUACGGCAUUACCAUGCCAAGAAUCAUCAUCAAGGACGUGGCAUCACACAUGCCAGAAUCCGUUCAUCAGGUGUAUGGAUCAUCAAUGGCAGCUCAGCAGUAGGGCAUUACAUUUCCAAUUGUGUCAAGUGCCGAAGACAACGAGGAACCUCCUUGAACCAAAAUAUGGCCGAUCUACCUACAGAUCGCCUAGAGGGAAGUCCACUCUUCACCUACAGUGCCGUGGACUAUUUUGACCCGUUCUACAUUAAGGAAGGACGUCGAGAACUCAAGCGAUACAGAGUCCUCUUCACUUGCCUGUCGUCGCACGCAAUCCAUCUUGAAGCGAUAGUAUCACUUACGACGGACUCCUUCCUAAAUCCCUAUCGCUGUUCUAUUGGACAUCGAGGUCCUGUGAGACAACUGAGGUCAGAUCAAGGAACAAACUUCGUUGGCACUAGUAACGAGUUAAAGGCAGCAUUAGCAGAGAUGAAUCAAGAUAUGGUAAACAAAGAGAUGGCAAAGAAUUCUUGCAAUUGGAUUGCGUUCAAGAUGAACGUACCUUCCGCGAGCCAUAUGGGCGGCACCUGGGAAAGGCAGAUCCACACUGUAAGAAGAGUUUUAAGUGCUCUCCUGAAUGACCAUGGAAGACAGCUGGACGACGAGUCGCUUCAAACUCUUAUGGUGAAAGCUGAAUCUAUAGUCAAAAGUCGGCCGCUUACCACGGAUGGAACCACAUGUAAGGAGACGCCUUGUCCAUUAACUCCAAAUCACCUGUCAACACAGAAAUCUCACGUGGUGUUACCACCUCCUGGAGUGUUCCAGCGGGCCGAUCUCUACUCGAGAAAACGCUGGCGUCGAGUGCAACAUCUAGCCAAUGAAUUUUGGCAAAGAUGGCGUAAGAGCUAUCUGCAAUCCUUACAGAGCCGCCAGAAGUGGACAACACGUCACAGAAAUGUCCAAGUGGAUGGCGUCGUCAUCUUAAAGGAUGAAAACCUCUCAAGGAACCGUUGGAAGCUGGCCCGUGUCGAUCGCACUUAUCCAGACAAUGACGGCCUAACCAGAAAGGUUCGAAUGGCAGUAGCUGGUGACUCUGUAGAUAACAAAGGAAGGCGGGUAAGACCAGUCGCGUACCUCGACAGACCCAUACAGAAACUAAUUCUGCUUCUCCCUGCCGACCUGAGCAAAGACCAGGGAAUCCCCAUCGAGGAGCCAUACAAGUAA